UGUUCCUGCGCAGACGGUUCCAGGACUUCAGGAGGUUGUGCCCGACGGCAGAGCUGGAGGGUCGAGCGUGCCCGCCUUUGGUCUGGGGCCUAGUGACAGGAGAUUGAUGCCACUACUGGAAUCAUCGAUGGCGGCCUCUACGUGGUCGGGACAUGGUAAGGCGUGGAAGGAGUGGUGUCUUUUGGUGUAUGGGCGAAAUGUGUCUGGGUGUUCUGAUUCGAGAUUGGAGGUAACUGUGGACUACUUAUUGUCAUUGCGCGCUUCACAUUUUUCUGCUUUAGUGGCGCGGCGCAGGCUGGCGGGGGUUAGUUUUUAUUUUCGCUUACUGGGGUGGGAAGAUGUUACAAAACGUUUUUUGAUUCAGCAAUCGCUGAAGGGAUGGCAGCGUACUCAUGUCCGCAGGGAACAGCGGCGCCCUGUUUCCUAUACUUUGCUUGUCUCGCUAGUACAGGCCUCGGUCAGUUGCUGUUGUUCCCCUUUUGAAUCUGCCUUAUACUCCGCUGCUUUUUGUGUUGCGUUUUUUGGUGCUCUGCGGGUGGGGGAGUUGGUUCCUUCCUCUAAGCAGGGUUCUGGUGGUUUGCUUUUUGAGGAUGUGGUUUGCUCCAACGGUGUUUUGCAGCUGCGUAUUCGGCGGUCGAAAACCGAUCAGGCGGGAACGGGAGCUUGGGUUCGCCUUCAGUCGGUUGAUGGCCCGGCCUGCCCGGUGCGGGCGGUUUCCGCUUAUUUGUUGAUUCGUGUUUCUGGCAGACAAUUUUUCUCUCAUGCUGAUGGUUCGGCUUUGUCCCGUUUUCAAUUUCAGUCGCUGUUCAAGCGGUGUCUGCAAUACGCGGGGGCCCCCCCUUCCGAAUUCGGAACGCAUUCCUUUCGGAUUGGGGCGGCUACGGAGGCGUCCAGGGCAGGAUUGUCCGUGUCUGAUAUUCAGCGUAUUGGGCGUUGGCGCUCGGAUUGCUAUGCUGGUUACGUGCGCCCUGAAUUGUUGCUUUAACCUGUUUUUCCUUUUAGAUCCUCCGGUUGCUACGGUGGUGUUCUUGGGCCACUCCUAUGUUCAUCGGGCGGCACAGCGAGCGGCCUGCCGGCCUGGAGGGAGAUCGUUGGGUUUCCAUCAAGUCGAUGCCCAAUGGAGGGGGAUUCCGGGUAUGAGAUGGCCUCAAGUGCUCUCGGAGACGGUGGACCUGUCCGGUAGGCUGAGAUCGGGAGUUGUUUUGGUUGUCCACGCGGGUGGCAACGACCUAUGUUUCACCAGGGUCCCCGAGUUGAUAACCAUUAUGAAAGCGGAUGUGGAACGGCUCGGUGGAUUUUUCUCCGAGAUGGUUCUGGUGUGGUCGGAGAUUGUUCCACGGGUAAAAUGGCAGGGUGCCAGGGAUGCAGAGGCCAUUGAGCGGUCUCGCCGUUUAGUUAAUUCCAGGAUGGCGAGGUUUGUUCGGUCCAAGGGCGGUGUGGUGGUCAGGCACAGGGAGCUGGAAGGGGAUAAUAGGAGGUUUAUGAUAAGCGAUGGUGUCCACCUCAACGAUAUUGGGCUGGACAUCUUCCUUUCUGGUCUUCAAGAUGGCGUUGAACAGGCCCUUUUUGUAUU